AUGACGUCUUUACCCAAUGAAAACGAAUCUAUCGACAUAGAAUGCAGCUUGGCUGUUCGUCCACUCACGUCUAAUCGCCGUCAGCAGGAACGUGAGCUGGUUCUAGCCUUUGACUCGAACGAAUUGCGUCGCCAUGAGGCGUGGUUCUUGGUUGAGACCAAGUGGCUCGAUGCUUGGAUGAGUUACGUGCUUGGUGAUGAUGAUGACGCAAUCGCACCCAAACGACCCGGUCCCCUAACCAACGAUUCUUUAUUUAAUCGUGAAAAAUUCUGUAUUAGGGACAAGUUACAACUAACGACGGAUUAUCGAGGCGUAAACCCCCAAGUAUAUGCGCUUUAUGCAGAAUUAUACGGGACUAGCGACACCAAACCAAUUGUCCGCUGGACGCUUGAUAUCUAUGCGAUGCCAGUCAUGAUUGACGAUAUAAGGGACAUGUUGCAUGUCCCUACUUUAAAAGCUCGAUCCUUAGUUGCGGAAUUAAAUGAGAAACUCGAAACACAAGAAAAAGGACUUUAUCAGGGACUCAAGUCACAUGAACAAAAAGAGAGGUGGUUGUACCGAUGUCUCUGUCGCUGUGAAUUCCUAGUACCGUGUCUGUACCGAUUGCUAGGAGGAGGACCGACUUAUGAGAAAAAGAAGGAAAUCAAGUGGAGUGACUUCGUUUGUUGUCGUCGAAAAAGGAAGAACAAGAAUAGAAAACGGAGACGUAGCAAGAAAAGUAGCGAAAAAAAGAGCAGAGAUGACGAAGACAAUGAGACGAGUGAUGCCGAGUCUCUUACUAGUAGUGACGAGGAGACACAUGGACUAUUGAAUUGA